AUUUAAACAUUUCGGAGCGGGGUCAAGGCAAUGGGAAGACAAUUCGCCAGUGAGUCAGUGCUGCGCGGGCGCAGAGUGAACACGUAGCGGCGCGACCAGCGAUACCGCACCAGAAUGUCGCCGGCAGCGUCGUUUGCCGAACGAUGGGCCCAAGACAAUCUGAUCAGGGAGCCGUCCGAGGAGGAAUUAAAAGUCCUCGAUAUAUUCCCCCACACGUGUGAAGGGGAUGAGAUAGAGGCAGCGAAGAGGGCCAGGCGGUAUUAUAUAGCGAGGGGACCUGGAGGGCUGACAGAUUUGUGGCACAAUAGAUAUCCAGAUGGUGAAGAUAUUCUAUCCAGCUGCCAAGAUUCGUUUAUCAUCCCGCUCCGGGCUCGAAGCGUUGGCGGGAGGCGUUUAACGUUAGUCCGAUUGCCAGCACCAACAGCAUUAGACAGGCCUUUGUCAGCUAAAGCACUCCUUACAAGAUGGCUUAUGAUAUUAGAUAUUAGAUUACGGGAAGAUCCAUCACCAGGAGAGGAGGUAGCAUUCAUCGACGUCUCAGAUUUACAGCCUGCCCACUUGAAAAGUCAUUUCAGAAAGUCGUAUUGGCGAGAUUUUUAUUUAUGUAUGAAGACAAUAUACCCACGAAGGUUCUCUGAAGUCCACAUUAUCAAUGCUCAGCAUUUAAAGACCAUUCCGUUACUGCUUCUCCACAUAGGCCUGUACCCUUGGAAACGGCAGAGGGUCCAAAUUCAUACAAAUACUGGAGAUGUCAAUCAGGCCAUGGGUCUAGACUACUUCCCAGUAGAAGAGCUUCCUUAUGAAUAUGGUGGAAAAGCUGGCGCCAUGAAGGAUCUAAAUGAUCAAUGGACCAAAAAAUUAUUACUCAACUCAAAAUGGUUGCAAUCUGAAGAAAGGAAGUUCUAUGACACGGAACUCAAACCAGAAGUGAGAUCGCGAAUUCGUCACCGUAGCGCCGUGCGAACUUUUAGCAACAACGAAUCAUAUAACAUGUUGACAAGAACGCAUUCAUGUAAAUCUUUACACAAACAUGAUGACCUUGAUGAAGGGACAUACGGUGCAUACAGGACACUAAAACUGACCACUGAUAUGGGAUAUUACGUAUGAUCGUUUUUAUCUCUGAAGAAAUAAGUUUUAUAACAUAAAAGACGAUCGUAAAUUCGUCAGUGUAAUGUCCUGUGUACUUUUAGCAACAACGAAACCUAUAACAUGUUGACGAGAACGCAUUCAUGUAAAUCUUUACACAAACAUGAUAAUCUUAAUGAAAGAACAUGAAGUGCGUACAGGACACUAAACCUGACCAGAUAUGGGAUAUUUUGUAUGAUUGUUUGUUAUUAUGUCUGAAAAGAGAUUAAAAAAUUUAUGACACGAAAGUCAAAUCAGAAAUGAGAUCAUGAAUUCGUCACCGUAAUACUGUGCGCAUUUUUAGCAAUAAUGAAUUCCAGAGCUUUCGACGAAAAACCAUUCGUUCAUUUGCACAAACAUGAUGAGUUUGAAGAAAAAACAUAUAGAACAAUAUAAUAUGUUAUUAUAAUUUUCAUUGAAAUAAUUGUAAAAUGUAUCUCUUUAUUUAAACAUAGUUAUUAGAACGCUAGAAAAGUGAUAAAAAUAAAUUGCUGACUCCUGACUCAUUUGUGUAAAUAUGUUAUAUUUAUUUUUUUAUUUUUCAUUGUAUAUAAUAGCUUUUAAUUUUAUAAUGAACUACAAUAUCAAAAAAGUUUGAUUCCAUUGGGAUUUUUGUAUCCUCUUCACUUUUUUCAAAAUCUCUUAAAUUCUUUCUGUUAACAAAAAAGCGAUAAAGAAACGUUUUCUUAUAUCGAUUAAUAUUUUGCAUAUUAAUACAUACCUAUUUGUAAAUUACAUUGGUUUGUUUACACAUUAGAAACGAAAUAUACAUGAAUAAAAUAAAUUAAUAAACUAAUUAAUAAAUAUUAAUAUUUAUUUAGAUUUAGUAAAAAAUUGUAAAUGUAAAUUAUUAGAUGUAUAUUUCACUUAACAACUAUUAAUAUAAUAUAUAGUACCUACUACAUAAUACUCUAGCAAUACCUGUUGGUAUACUUAUAUAUCGAUUUUUUUUUUUUUCUUUUAAUUGGUAAUGUUAGAUAGGAAAUACUUUCAUCUGUACAUAAAACUAAUAAAGUCAAUAAUUUUUAUUUAAUGAAUUACUUUUACAAAAACAAAAACUCUAUAAAAAUUCUUCUUUACAGUUUUUUUUUUUUUUUUUUUUAUUUUUUGCUGCAUAGCAUUAAUCAUUUUAAAUUAAUUACCUUUUCAAUUGACUUCACAAAGAAGUAGAUUCUAUAUUCGGUUAUAUGUUUUUUUUUGUUUGUUACCUCAAAACUCCGUAUAUUAUAAAUCAAUUUGGAAAAGUCUUUUUUGUCUGAAAAAUACCUACAGAUUGAUCCCAUAAAAUUUUUAUCAAAAUCAAUUGACUAUUUUAGUUUUUAAAUCGAAAUAAAUAAUCUUGCCACAAUUGUAAUUGUUUUGUUUUUUUUUUUUUUGUAGAAAUGAAUCAUUAAGAUUCUUUUCCAAAAAUGAUUGUAAAAUUUGAUCAAUAAAGAGUAAUUAAAUAUUUAUCACUUA